AUGACGACCGACAACUCGACUGACUUAAAAAAAAAGAUGGCGGAGCAGGAUAAGUUGAAUGAUUUCGCCGAGAGAACUUAUCACAAACUCGCCCAAGUUCGUCAUACGAUCAUGAUCGACAUGAUCCCAAUGAAGAGCCCCACCAAACCAGCGCCAAUCAAGAAGGUCGUCAAACCAAAAUCUCCAGGAAUCAAGUCACCAACCGAAAAGUCUCCACUCGAGAAAGUCACCUCUCCAACCACCAAAACAAACAAGAAAAACGCCAAAAAAUACGCUCCAUUGAUGGCGAAAAUCAUCAAGGACGUGAAGUCGGACGGAUUCAGUUUUUGA